CAAACUGAUAGUACCACGACUGGAAUAGACAUCCCGAUCAAAAAGCGGAGAUUUCAUUGGCAUAAAACUUGAAGAUUGCUCAAGAGGUGCACACAUAUUUCUUCAAAUUUCACCUUAACUGGAUAGGUUUCACUGCUGAAAUUUCCUUUUGAGCUUAAAAAACAUGUCGGAACUUAUCACAAGAGAAGGCAAAAAAUCAGACUGUCCUUCCAUCUACAAAUUAGUGCAGGAGGCAGCACAGAGCAAUAAAAUACCCGUGGACCCCAAUCUAUCACCUGAAGGACUGGAAGAAAUUGGCUUUGGUCCUUCUCCUGGUUUUUAUUCCAUUAUUGCGGAAAGAGAUGACUCUUUGGUGGGAUACGGACUCUACUAUCACACUUACUCAACAUGGGAAGGACACUCUGUGUGCAUGGAGGACUUGUUCGUCACUGGGACAGAAAAUCACAAUGAUGUUGCAACUGCCAUGUGGAAGAAAUUAGUGGAGGUUGCUCUUAUGGCAGGCUGUGGGAGGUGUAACAUAACAGCAUUGCAAGAUAAAAAGGAAAUGCUAAAUUUCUAUGAAUGUCAUAAGGCUAUAAACUUGACUAAGAGUGAAGCUUGGCACUUCUUUAGAAUGAACCAGGAUUCCAUGGCAGACUUUGUCAAAGGAAGCAAGGUACCAGAAGGAAUCACAAUAAGGGAAGCCACUUCAUCAGACUGCAUUGGUAUCAGGAAACAGAUCCAGGACUUAGCUGAUUAUGAAAAGAUGCCUGAAGGCCCACAGAUAGAUGCUGAAGUGCUGAAAACUGAUGGAUUUGGAAAACAAGCUUUUUAUAAGGCCUGUGUCGCAGAGGAGCAAGGAAAGAUGGUAGGCUACACACUUUACUUCUUCACCUUCAACUGGGAGGGACGAGGAGUCUACAUGGAGGACCUUUAUGUGUCACCUUCACACCGCGGCAAAGGGAUUGGCAUGGCACUCUGGAGGAAAGUGAUCCAGGAUGGCAUGGCACUGCAAGGGAUUCGAUGUGACUUUGCCGUGCUCAAUUGGAAUCUUCCAAGCAUUGAGUUCUACAAAAGCAAGGGGGCAGCAGAUAUGACUGAGCAGAAAGGCUUCCUGUUUUAUAGGAUGAGAAAGGAAGAAAUGGAAGAAUUUGUCAAGACAUGAUUUUUAUGCUUGUUUUUGGAGUGCAUUUUUCUAACAUGGCAAAUAUAUAUUUUGUCUUCGGUGGUAAUGGUAAUGAUUUGUUUUAUUAAAGGGAAAUCUUUGCUAUUUUAGUAUUCAUUUGAUAUUGAUGGAUUUAUUUUCUUACUAAAUUUGAUGUUCUCGCUUUACAGUAAUCUAAACUGAUUAAAUAAUUAUUUUUAAUUUGAAAAUAGUAUUAUUCAGGAAUUUACAUUAGUUGUUUUUAGAAAUGUAUUUUUAAAUUUUAGUACAAAGUAAAGAAUAUUAAAAUUU